UGACUUCUCUGACUGCCACACCGCCACUCACGCCACAUUCGACACGCUAAAGCUUGGCUAAGACUCGACCUUACAUUUGCAGUCGCCUCAAUUGUAUCUGCUUCCCAUUUACACGAUUUUGCAUCGAAUUAUAAAGUGGGUCUUGAUGUAGUAGCACAAGGUCACAGGAGCCACUUUUCGGAACGACGAAGCGAUUUUGUGUUAACUGCGAGCUAUUCCAAGCGUGGAAGCGCUGGAAAAUGCCGAAAAGUCCAGCGAUUUAUCGUUUGGCCGCCAAUCGUCAGUACGAUGCCGUUUCCGCUCGUGUUAAAUCGCACCCGCAGGACUUGAUGUGGACGGAUCGUCACGGAUCAACGGCUUUGCACAUUCUGUGUCAAGCUCGAAUCGUGGACGGUGCUUUGCUAGACGCUGUUCAAUCUAUACUGCAAGUCUCUCCAGAGCAAGUAGCUUGGGGCAAUGUGGGGACCUGGACACCCUUGCAUUUUGCCGUGGAGCCACGUUUACUACCGUCCAGCGCUUGGUACACCAGGAAACUGAUUUUGCGCUUGAUUGAAGCUUGUCCCGAAGCGGUUUCGGUACCGACCAAGAACGGCUUCAAGACGAGAACACCGUUUCAUAUCGCGUGUGAAGCAAAUGCCGACAUUCGUGUGCUAAAAGCCAUGCUCGCUAUCGACCCUUCGUUGGCGACCAGACCAUUUGUCAAAUUCGACGCAUACAGUGUCACCGAGAAUCCGUUACAGUUGGUCUGGAAGAACCGGAAUAAAGGAUUUGCGCAUGCAGCGACGGCGAGGGAAGAAAAAAUGGCCCUUCUUCUGCACGCAGCUUACCACGGUACCGUUCCAACGUCUUCCCGACAACAGCCCUACUUUCGACUCCUCACCGCCGCUUGUACCGUCCGCUGUCCACGCGACUACUUUACACAAAUUCUUUGCACGCAUAUAGGAGAUGUGAGCAAGUGCGACGCGCUAGGCAACUUUCCGCUGCAUUAUGCUGUGGCUAGUGCCGUUCCGGAGGGGCACGUGUACACGCAGUUUGUGAUUCAAGCCUUGCUGUCCGUCUCUACAUACGCGGCGAGUCAACCGAAUGCGGAUGGUCGGUGGCCCUUGCACGUGGCAGUCUAUGAUACGCACUUGACCUGGCACAAGGGUGGUGUCCGGGAACUGGCCUUUGCCUUUCCGGAAGCUCUGCGGAAGGUUGAUGUAUUAUCAGGUUUGGUGCCUUUCUUGGCCUCUGCCGAACGGGCCGUGUACACGCGGCUGAAUCUGUCGACCACCUAUGAGCUGCUUCUGGCCGCUCCUGAAAUGGUGCAAGCGAUACGCAAGACGAACCGGAUUGCUGGCCUCCAUAAGGAGGCGACCGGAAGCGGCCCCGUCUUUGAUAUAUUCGACUGAAGCCAGUGUUUUGUGUCGGCCUACUGCCAAAGCUACAUCUGCACGCACGUGCACGAACACGAGCGAUAGAAACUGUAAUUUGAUUAAUUAUCUGUAAAGACU